UACCCUCUCCACUACUGAUCCAUCGAUGUGGAUAGGGGGGUGUUCCCUCUGCUGUUUCCUGAAGCUGUUAUUGUUGUGCCAUCAAGUUACGGUGGUUCACUGGCUGUCGGUACAAAAUCUUAGCUCUUGUCGUUAACAAAUAAACAUCUGUUUGUAGAAUUAGCCAACUGAAACAUUUUGCCUGAGAACAUUGGGACACCGCGCAGACACUCGUCCCGCAGACCCGUUGACCCACUGGACUCCAUGGUCGUUUUUCCCCGACUUAUCUUUUGUCCAAUUCCAAAGGUUCUCUGUGUUGUGCCUAUCGGAGUCUAUAUGCUGUUUUCCAUUGCAGAGCAACAAUGUCACGUUGGAAGGAUAUGAAUAAGGAUGAGCUCGAGAGGCAGUUUUCGCCCAGCCAAUGGUCGCACAGAAUGUCGGCAGACGACGUUAUCAAAUCCCACGUGACGGCGCUCAAAGAAGGUACGGAGCGUGCCCGUGGUCUGGCCCAAACCCUCCUCAACGUUCCCUAUGGAGAAGGAGAGGGGGAGAAACUAGACGUCUAUGUUCCCACCACCACUGCUCUAGAUGUUCCACUGGUCAUCUACCUCCAUGGAGGCUACUGGCAGUUCCUCAGUAAGGAGGAGUCCGGGUUUAUGGCUGUCCCAUUGGUCCAUAAGGGCAUCGUGGUGGUCGCCGUGGGUUACGACAUCGCUCCCAAAGGGAACAUGGAUUUGAUGGUGUCUCAGGUGCGGAGGAGUGUGGUGUCCGUCAUUCAACAGUAUUCACACAUUAGUGGUCUGUACCUGUGUGGCCACUCUGCGGGGGCCCACCUGGCUGCUAUGAUCCUCUCUACAGACUGGUCUCAGUACAGUGUGACCCCUCAGAUCAAAGGUGCGUUCCUGGUCAGUGGUAUAUAUGACCUCCUGCCCAUCCUGUCCACCUAUGUCAACGAGCCUCUGAAGAUGACAGAAGAGGUGGCUCUGAGGAACAGUCCUAGUCAGCUGGUUCCCCAGCUCAAACUCUCCUCCUCCAACUGUGACAUCGUGGUUGCCGUGGCGCAGAAAGACUCGCCAGAGUUCCGGAAGCAGUCGGAGGACUACUACAAAACUCUGGAGUCAACAGAAGGACUGAAGGUAACAUUGGAGGACGUUCCAAACACAGAUCACUUCAACAUCAUCGAGCAGCUAGUCGACGGAGACUACCACCUCACUCAGCUGCUGUUAAAGAUGAUGGGGAAGAGCUAAAGAGAUACAGGGACACCAGACAAUCAAUGAAGAGAUACAGGGACACCAGACAAUCACUGAAGAGAUACAGGGACACCAGACAAUCAUUCAUUUACAUAUCAACCACAAACACCUCUGUUCUGAACCACAUCUAGAGGCACCACGCACCAGUUAUUAUGGACUGAUGGCUAUUGGCUAAGCAAGGUGGUGUUGGAAGAAAUUAUAGUUGAACUGAUUAAUUAUGUAUACAUUAUUAUUAGAACCAUUAAGUUUUAAUACUAUUAUGUUAUGGUAUGAAAUGUAUGGAUUUUUGGUUAAACUAGGACCGAAAAUGUAGGUAAAACAAAUUAAUUGUCUGUACCUUGCGGGUUUAAGGGAGAAAGGAGGGCAUAUAUCUUUUCAGACAGAUAAGAAUCUUCUUUGAUGUUCCAUUAGUGGAGGAGAAAAAGUCUUUAAUACAGAUUGGAAUGUUUGCUUUAUGAGGGGAGUAGGACACAAUCUCCUGAACUGAAGACACUGCGCUAUUGUGUGGAUCGGAGAGAGUGUGAGAAAACGCUGACGUCAUUUUCAGUUUAUAACCUGUGGAAAAAUGUGUAUGUACCAGUACUCUCUUGAAUUAAAUGCUGUUACCUGA